UCUCGACCCUCUUCCGUAGCCCGCUCGAAUACCCCAUUUCCUUGAUUGCUCGUCGAAAAGAUGCGUGAAGUCAUCUCCGUUCACGUUGGUCAGGCUGGUGUCCAGAUCGGUAACGCUUGCUGGGAACUCUAUACGGUCGAGCACGGUCUCGGCCCUGACGGUCGCCUUCUGGAUGGCUCUCCGUCUGCCCACGAUGAUGGCUUCAGCACCUUCUUCUCGGAGACCUCUUCCGGCAAGCACGUGCCUCGGUCACUCUACGUUGACCUCGAGCCCAACGUCAUCGACGAGGUUCGGAACGGGACUUACAGGAGUCUCUUCCACCCCGAGACUCUCGUAACGGGCAAGGAGGAUGCUGCCAGCAACUACGCGCGCGGUCACUACACCAUCGGCAAGGAGCAGAUUGACCUCGUCAUGGACAAGGUUCGCAGACUGGCGGACAACUGCAAUGGUCUCCAGGGCUUCUUUGUCUUCCACUCGUUCGGUGGCGGAACUGGCUCCGGCUUCGGUGCUCUCGUCCUUGAGCGCCUUUCCACUGACUAUGGCAAGAAGUCUAAGCUCGAGUUCAGUGUGUACCCCGCCCCGACGAUGGCCAACUCCGUUGUUGAGCCUUACAACGCUGUUCUGACGACCCACACUACCCUUGAGCACUCCGACUGUUCCUUCAUGGUUGACAACGAGGCUAUUUACGACAUCUGCAAGAAGCGUCUCAACAUCACCUCCCCGGGCUUCACCAACCUCAACCGUCUCAUCGCUCAGGUCGUCUCUUCCAUCACUGCUUCCCUUCGUUUCGAUGGUUCCCUCAACGUCGACCUGAACGAGUUCCAGACCAACCUGGUUCCCUUCCCUCGCAUCCACUUCCCUCUGGCCACCUUUGCGCCGAUCAUCUCCGCAGAGAAGGCUCACCACGAGCAGAACUCGGUCAUUGACAUGACCUUCUCUUGCUUCGAGGCUGGCAACCAGAUGGUCAAGUGCGAUCCCCGUGAGGGCAAGUACAUGGCCUGUGCGCUCCUGUACCGCGGUGAUGUCGUCCCCAAGGACACGAACGCGGCCGUCAGUCUUAUCAAGACAAAGCGGACGAUUCAGUUCGUUGACUGGUGCCCGACUGGCUUCAAGCUGGGUAUCUGCAAUGAGCCCCCCGCGCACAUUCCCGGCGGGGACCUCGCGAAGGUUACCCGCAGCCUAUGCAUGCUCUCCAACACGACUGCCAUCUCGUCCGCUUGGAGCCGUUUGGACCACAAGUUUGACCUCUUGUACUCCAAGCGUGCCUUCGUUCACUGGUACGUCGGUGAGGGUAUGGAAGAGGGCGAGUUCUCCGAGGCCCGUGAGGAUCUCGCUGCCCUCGAGAAGGACUACGAGGAGGUCGGCAUUGACUCCGCCGAGACUGAGGAGACUGGCGAGUAUUAGACGUAGUAGUCAUGUUGACCUGUUCGCUUUUGCAUUGCUUUCCAUGGUCAUUUGGUAGCUCGUUUUCCUGGUCCUCCUCGUCACGAAUUUACGCAUGAUACGCAUUCAUAUCGAUAUCCCCUGUUCUCCCCACAAGUGGAGCAUACGCAAUCAUACCAUCCUUAUAUUCGUUUGUAAUUCCUGGAACUUGUUGCACCGUUA